AUGCUCAGCCUCAUCAAGUUACCGCGAGUCUUCACCAUCAAUCAGGUGCCCAAAGUUUUCCAUGAGGACAGCAUCAUCUCCGGGUACAGACAUCCCCGCAGCUCAGCCACCGACUGCAUCCUCAGCCUCUUCCAGCUGACCAAUGAGACGCUCAACAUCUGGACCCACUUCCUGCCAACCUGGUACUUCUUAUGGAAACUAGUGAUGGUGGUGUUGAUUCAGAGAGCAUGGCAGGACUCCUUCACCUGGCCUCUGCUCAUCUUCCUGUUCUCCUGCUGCAUUUACCCGCUGACAUCCAGCUGUGCUCACACCUUCAGCACCAUGUCAGCCCGGGCUCGCCACAUCUGCUUCUUCUUUGACUAUGGAGCUCUGAGUUUCUACAGCCUGGGGUCAGCCAUCGUGUAUUCAGCGUACGUUUUUCCUGACAAAUGGAUGAACAGCCUCUUCCACCAGUACUACAUCCCCAUCGCUGUGCUCAACACCGUCAUCUGCACCGCUCUGGCCUGUUACUCCAGACUUGGCUUUCCAUUUCUGCAAUACAAUCAUGACAUCAUGAAGAGAUUCCCUGAGUGCCAGAGACCCAAGUUCAGCAAAUACAUGCGUGUUGUUGCCUUUGCCUACCCGUACCUGUUUGACAACAUUCCUCUGUUCUACAGGGUGUUUUUUUGUGUCGGGGAAGGCUGUACGGACAUGAAUACCAACAUCCUUCACUACUACCACAUCACCUUGGCUCUCCUCACAGGCUUUCUGUUUGCCACCCAUUUACCUGAGCGCCUGGCACCUGGCAGCUUCGACUACAUCGGUCACAGCCAUCAGCUGUUCCACGUGUGCGGCAUCCUUGCCACCCACUUCCAGAUGGAGGCCGUAGAGCAGGACAUGAUGAUACGCCGCUCCUGGCUCCGUGAACACUCCUUACCCAUCACCUUUGCCAGCUCAUUGGGUGCAGCGCUGUUUUGUGUGGUGCAGAAUCUGAUUAUCAUCAUCCUCUUCAGUCUCCCUCUCCUCUCUGGCCCAGUCUGCAAAGAGAAGAAACAUAAUAAAGGUAAAAAGAGGUCUUCAGCCAAGGUCAGCCCCUGCUGCUAGACCUCUGGUUUUAAGUCUGAGGAAUCCCAGCCGAUCAAAAGACAUAGAGACAAAGGGAGAAUGUGCCUCAUGGUUGAUAACACAUAUGAAAGAACACUCCAUGGCAAUGAGAAACCGUGUUAAAAAGCAUUAUAACUGUUGUGGCUAAGCUAUUCGUAAGAAGUUAUUUAUAUGUUGAAAAAACAAUUUUCUGAUUUCCACACAUGUGGUGUAUGACGAGACUCUAAGCUGCAGGGAACAAAACAUGUGAAGACAAAAGAGCCAGUUAUGAUAGUUGAGGAAAAAUGUUUGCGUUUGAGUUUGUGCUGCAUAGCAACAUUAAUGGAAAGUUAAGCACCUGUUAAUGUAAGAUAUUAAAAAAAGAUAAAAAGUAGAUGGGUAGUUC